ACCCGUAUAAAGCAGAACCCAAGGGUCACUGUGUCAGAAGAAUCCCACUCGGUCAAGGCAGUGGGGCUGCAGGUUUGACUGGUGUGGGUUAGUCCAUCACUGAAAGCCUGCGUGAGACUGGAGCUGCUUUCUGUUCUGAGGAGUCACAGCACCACCAUGUGGAGCUCACUGCUGCUGUGCUGGUGGGUCCUUCUGGGGAUCCAGGUGGCUGCAGGGACUGCCCAGGGUGGUGCCCGUGUGGAGGAGCACAGUGCCUCUGCCAGUGGAACAGGGAGGCAUGCCUGGCCCAGCCUUCCCAGACCAGCAAGGGCGUUGUCUCUGACAGGUGAUAGGUCCCUCUCCAAGAUGGACCCUGAGCGUCUGUCCACAGAAUCUGAGGAGGCGAUGUUAGUGGAGAACAUUGGGCUGUUUGAUGAGGAGGCCGUGUCCGAAGCUGUGGAGCUGCAGAGCCGCGCGGUGCGCUCUCCACGCCGCUGUGUCCGACACCAGGAGUCCUGCCUGGGCCACCAGCUGCCCUGCUGUGACCCCUGCGACACCUGCUACUGCCGGUUCUUCAACGCCAUCUGCUACUGCCGCCGGGUCAGCAAGGCCUGCCCGCACGGGCGCCACCAGUGACCGCACCCGCCUCUGUACAUAUCCCAGCCACCUCGGGGCAACAGCAGGAUAACAUGUAUAUCUUUAGACUUCUGUAGAAAUGUUAUGACUAUAAUUAGAAUUAUAUUUUGUUUCAGAUUGAAUUUGAUUCAUAAUAAAGGAGAUGCAAAAUGAC